CUAGCGCCCGUUUUGAAGAAAUCACAAGCAUCACGAUAUCACCAUUUUGCAAGCAGAAAUCAUCAAAAAUACAUCAUCAUGGAGUCCUCAAGACUAACUUACUAGCGCAAUCGAUGCCAUACCCAACACCUUGUUCAACUUGUGGAACAAUUAUGAAGCUCGACUACCUUCCACCUACUACCAGAAGAAAGUCAUUGAGAUGGGAGACUUCUUGGUUUCGAUGAAGGAGUACAACUUGGCAGUGUGGCAAUGCUAUGGACGCUACCUUGAUCAGUUUGGUGAUCGGCACAUUGAAGACAUCGUGGACAUCAAGACUGUCAAGGCUAUAUUCUUCCCAGAUGGGCUAGAAACCGACAAUGCAAGUUUGACAUUCCGAGCAUUGUAUGGGAAGAGUAUCUGUAACUACCAGCUGGUAUUGAUGACGGACCCCAAGCUUCAGAACACCCAGUCUGUUGGCCAGUGUUUGAAGAUCCUAGCCUUUCUCCGGCUCAUUACGCAAGUGAUCCUACCCAGAGAAUCGCUUUGCUGGUUGGUCUACAAUGGCACAAUUCACAUCUACAGUGUAUCAAGACACAUGAUGACUUUGGGUCAUUCUGCAAAGGUAUUGGAGUUCCUUCUAUGGGCCUGUAUGUGCAUGGAAAACUCUGUACCUCUGAUGUCUGUACGCUAUUUGCAAUGGAGAACCACGCUGUACACUGCGGUGUGCCAGAGCUACUUUGACUGCAAGGCUCAUCAACAAGCUGAGGGUUUCGCAAGGCGUGCUCUCGGAAAGGUGAAUGAAUUGAGUCAACUAGAACAAAUCAGUUCUGCCCCACCUAGCCUGGAGGUUGAAGCAGUUUUCAGACAGGCAACCGUGAAGCUUGGCAUCAUGGUGUACAGACGUUCAGUGUUUGACCGGAAACGACCCAAGGGACUUCUGCGUCCUAAGACAAGAAGCAACGUGAAGGACUCACAAUCGCCUACCGAAGUCCGAACGGUCACUCUAGUAGCCAGUGAUGGCCGCCUCAUCUGGCAUAAAACCACCAAACAACGACUAGAUGACCUUGUUAAGAAACAAGGAAAUAUCACAUGGCCUCGCACACCUGUAGAGAAACUACUCUCAGAUAUGUUUGAAGGCAGUGCUGCUCAGUUCUUGGCCAUUCUUGAGACGCUGACUGACAGUACUCGCAGGACGUUGCUGACCAGUCCAGCUGCACCGGACACUGAGGAUUAUAUCUUGGAUACUUUCUCUGAGCUCUUCUUUGCUGGCAUGGAGAUCAUUUCAGGUGGAGGAGGGAACCAACCUCGUAAUCCUCAGUCAGUCAACGACAUCAAUCUAUCAGGUGUCGUCCUGGAUAAAUCCUUGAUAGAAAUGGCCUCGCUAGCAGAAGAUGGCAUCCCCAUCUCGGCUGUUGUCAAAUUCCUGAAGUCAGCCUACAACUAUGAGCAAUGGGAGGUGUAUGAAACACUGGUCUAUCCUACCAUCGAUUUUCUCAAAAAUCAACCGGACAACCGAUACACCCAUGAGCUGCUCUCUGUGGAGAUCAUGCAAGCGAUGGAACCACUCAAUCCAAACAGGAAAUCUAAGAAGUCUCAUACUCAGGUUGAGGAGCAGAUCAACGAGAUUGCUUCCCUCCCUCUCCCUUUGGCUCCUCCAGGCUCCAUAUCAUCUCAGGAUCAUUGGGUUUAUCUAGCAGAAGUCCUUUCAUCUUGCUCCAAGGAUCUCUCAGCUGAUUCUGUUGACUUGGACAUGGUUGUAGAUGCCACCCUUUUCCUUUGGGCUAAGGUAAAGACUGUCUUCCAACGAGUUCAGACUGGAGCAUCCGACAGUGGCAAGUACCUGCAGAAAAUGGACAAUCCCAAUAAGUGGGUGCACAUUUUGAGUGUUCUCCAUGAAGUAGUGUAUUGGUGUGGUAUCGCCAAUGUAGAUCCCGGACUUACAGCUGAGAUUGGCAUCAGACUUGCUCUAGUCCUCGAGAGCCAGGCAACUACUGAGAUGAAAGAAACAGCUAAAACACGUUCUAUGGAUGAUCAUCAGAGUGUUGAAGAAGAAUCACCUCCAUCACCACCUUACAAAGAAUCACCAUUUAGGAGUGAAGGCCGUACCACCGGGUUGGGAAGAGCCAGCGGUAUCACCACGUAUGCUGCUUCUAUCCUCCAGCAAGGUCCGCAGGAACAGCUCCUCCUGGCUAGGGAGAUCCUGGAGAGAGCCUUACAGGGUGUGUCCUUUGCCAGGUCUGCUGUUGCCCUGACGGAUGGCAAGUCCAUCGCUGAUGUAACCUGGGUCAAGGACUUAAACACAUCUGCUCCACCCACUGAUAACCAACCAGCUUCUCAAGCCGAUGAUACCCAGCCGUCUCUGACCACACCAGCUCCAAACCCUCAGGAGGACGAGGAAGGUGCUGAUGGAGUCUUCAACACCAUCAUGGACCUUCACCUUGAGCUGCUGUACAUGUACCACAGGGUCUGUCUGAAGCUGGCCCAGACCCAGGGGUCAGGGGCAUGGAAGAAGUCCCCCAAAGAGUCCAAGGGAUCGGCCAAAGCGUCGGUCAAGGCGUCAACCAGAGGAUCGGCCAAGAGCACGGCAGUACCUAGCAGGAUUGGUAGCACCAGGAUGAGAGGGAAUGAGCUUGACAGCAUGGCUAUCGAUACCGUUGAGGAGCUACUGGAUUACUGUGAUAAGAACCUUAUUUCUAAGGCACUCUUUGCCAUGCAGCAGGCUUUACAGGCUGAUAAGGGCGCUGGACCAAGUCAACAGCAGAAACAGCUACUACAGGAUGCUAUGAACUAUAUCACCAAAGCCCAAGACCAGGAAUUGAAACUCUUCAACCACAAUGCCAAGGAAAAGGAUGAAGGCAGUGUACGAGAAAGUGGUGUUCCACCAGCACCAUUACUUGUAUGUCGGACUGAUAAUAGCAUGGUGUUUAAACCUGCUCCUUACAACCCUCCUCAGAAGGUUGCAUGGUAUCGCCUGUUUGCUCGGAAAUCAAGUGGGAGCAAUGUUAAGGUCAGAUUAAAUGACUACACUCUACCUGGAACUGGAGAAGAGGUCCCUGCCUACGACUGCGAGCUCCAUGUGACGGGGUUAAAGGUCAAUGAACGUUAUGUGUUUGCCGUGGCAGCGUACACCGAUGAUGGUCAGCUGAUAGGGGAUGCUAUAGGAGACACCAGUAGACCCAUCCUUGCCUCGCAUCCUUUGCCUGUACUCAUGACAUGGGCAUUCCUUGGACAGGCUGCAUACCAGGUUGGAUGUUAUGACAUUGGACUGACAGCCAGUAGGGUUCUAUGGGAUCACUUUGUGGCUCCCAUUCCACCCCCGUCUGCUGAGAUUCAGACAGAGACUGCAAGAGAAGACUACCAACUUACACUCAGAAAGUUGAACCCGCAGACGGCAAGUGUAGCCUCACCCCUUCUACUGAGAAUGUUCCUGAGUAGUAUCUUCAUCAAUGUUGAUAUCUCCAUGAGAGAUGGAAGCAUCUACUGCAACAAGCUCUGUGACACUGGACCCUACUAUAAAGGACAGACACAAAGAUUGUUGAACUGUGAGAGAAUGCUUGUGGCUAUUGAGUUAGCUGGUUGGUUGAAUGAGACCAACAUGGCUCUUCAGGCUGUUGUACAGUGCUAUGGACUUCUGGCCCCGGUCAUCCAUUAUAAGAUCCCAUCGAUUCCUGUUGUACAGGUGUUGACUCAGUGCUGUGCAGUGCUUCAGGACAUCCCCAACAGUAUGAGACAGCGUCGGCAGCAGUCUGUUUCAGACAGCCUUCAUCACAUGGUUGCUACAAUCACUUUCUACAUGGCCAAGGUUCUACGGACGUGGAAGCAGAGAUCCCUCGCCAAUCACGUCAUCGAGGCAGGCAAGAAGAUGCUGGUUGUAGAAAAGGAUGAGAAGGGUGGGAAGUCAGAAGGAGGACACAUGGACUUCAUCGAGGAUGGUGAGGGUGGCGUAGGAGCCAACGUCACCCAGAAGAAACGCAAAGCUAAGCGGUCAGGACAACCAUCCAUAGCUCUGGAAGGUAUUCAGAACGAGGAACUGAGUGCACUCGAAGCCCACAUGCUCAGAUUGUCUCGUCUAGCCCAAAAUGCUGAUGAGUUGACUGGAUCAGAGGACCCUAACAUCCUUCAUGCGUUCAUAGCCACCCUCCCAAGCAGACAUGCAUAUCGAGAAGUGGUGAAGUUCCGUCGUCGGGCUCGUUACCUGGAGUUCUUUGUACAGGUUGUACAGAAGGCAUUGAGUGAAGGUCUUGUAGAUGUAGCCAUUGAAUGGUGCGAGGAGACUAUCACAUGGCUUGUCAGACGGAACGACCAGCUGUCAGCUGUGAAAGCUACCCUUAACAAGGGUCCAGGUGGAGCUGCAGUGGCUGGGGAUGAUCCUAAGAAAUAUGCUGCUGCUGUUCUGGAAUACUCAAAGACUGCCAACGCCAAGCAAGCUCAAGCCAAGCACCCAGAUUCCAAGCCUGCACCGAGACGAAGGAAGAAAGGUUUCCAGCUCCUAGUUCACAUGAGAUCCAACAUUCGUAUGUCUGACUCGGCCAAACAGCAGCAGGAAGAUAAAGAACUCCUGGCUUUUGACAAGUUGGAGUGUAUCUACCCAGAGUUCUACCGCACUGCUCGCAAGAAGAUGCGACUGAGACGCAUCACUAAUGACGAAAUGCCUUGGAGAUCACAGAUGAACAUCCUGCAAGGUUUGUGUCACUUUGGUCAGUUCCUGGACAAGGUUGAGAAGAGGAACAAGCUUCUUGGUCCAACAGUUGGUGAUAUCUACAGGUCAUCCUACUUGGACAAUGAAUGGUUCACCUUUGAGACUGCAAGCACCCUUGUAGUGGGUUGGGAUGGGGGAGCCUCCCGGGCUGUGACCCGCCAGGGGGAUGCAUCUCAGAGCGACCCGAUCAUCAAGCAACUGCAGCAGAUAGAUGGCUAUGACAUGAACCCUUACCUCACCAACCAACCAUCGGGCAUUGAGGCUGCUGCUCUCGCUUCAGUUGGAGAACCUGUGCCGGUGCUUCCUCCUCCUCCCGAUGACAAGGAAUCGGACACCAUGAAGACCUAUCAAUCUACAGACACCGACAGGAGUGGUCACAACGUCCAGCAGCCAUCGGUAGAUGUCAGCGGAUUCACCCUCCAGGCUACCAUAGACAGUCUCAAGAAAACAUUUGAACAUCUGAGGAAAGCUGUGAUUCUAGCCCAUCGCGGUCACCACUGGUCCCUGCUUCAGAAUGCCUGCCGUAGCAUGUGGAACUGUGCUCACACGGCCAUCCUCUACUGCUUCUCGGGAGGACACUCUGCAGGACUCCUGACCGUGGAUGCCUUGAGAGGAGUGGUGUGGUUUCCUUUCUUCCUGGCUGUAGACUGUCUGCUUGACAUGCUAGUCCAUCUACAGAAUGAGUCAGACAAGCAGAAGAAGAAGAAAGGAUCGCAGCCGGACGUCCUUCUCAACACCUGGGUUGGUUCCGUAGCAGAUGAGAAGGGCGGUGCCAGUCUCAAGUUUGAAUCGCCCCUGGAUGAUGUUAGCAGUGUAGAUUCCCGCUGGAUCAGACGCAUGGUGCUUCGGGUCAUGGAGAUGCUCUAUUAUGAACAGAAGUGGGAGAAGCUGGCUGAUGUAGCAAUGAGAUUCAAUGUUUUGACUCAGGAACGUUACUCCGAGGUUGUCAGUCCUCUCUUGGUCCAGGCCCAACGUAAGCUGGUAUCCAGGGUCUCGGCCUACGGAGGAGAGCCUCCGGUCCAGGCCCACUUCAAGGCUGCUGCCCUGAGUCAUGGAGUGGACAAGGUGACUGCAGAGAACUACAUGAACAUACAGCUGAAGGUAGCCUUUGACAGGACCAUGAUGAAACCACUUGACAUGGGCGGUAGGAUCGACCCUGAGGGACACCAUGUAUAUGGGGGAGCUUCGGAUGCCUUCAAGGUGUCCAGUGUACCUUUGGAGAUAGGUGACAGCCUAGAAGGGUUCCGUCAUGCCCUGGAGAAGUCUAACUAUACCGCCAGGGCCCUGCAGCAUAGCAGACGUCUCAUGAUCCUCUACCUGGCCGCUCAACAGAAUGCACAACCAGGCAUGAGCCCCCAUUCAGAACAGAGUAGAGUGGGCUUCUCUGAGACCGAUGACAAGCCUCAGACAACAGCGCCUCCUGACCUCAUGAAGUCAGAGUUCAAGUCAAUGUCAGAGGUCGAGACUGCUGCCCUGCCGACCUCCCAACUUGCAGUGGUCGUGUCCUCCUAUGACAAGACCAUAGAAAUGUUGAUGGCCCGUAAGCAGUCUGGUUUAGCCGCACAAGCCAUGCAUGAACUUGGAAACAUCCACUAUCACGCAUCAAAUAUCAAGGCAGCAUACAAGUGGUGGAGUGAGGCUCUAGAUCUGAUCUUAGGAACCAAUGACACUUUGACCACGUGGAGGAGACUUCUAAGUGACCAACAAGCAGAGAAUGUUAGCAGUCAACUGCUUGACCGAUGUGGCAUGUGGGGAUGUCUUCUUGGGGCUAUGCUGGCAGCUAAGAUUGCCCAAUACGUAUUGACCUCCGACCUCGGUAUGAAGCUGGAAGCAUGCUUCCUGUCUGCGUUCCUCUUCAAGGCCCUGUUCCGUACCACCCUGCCUCACCCCACCGCAGAUCGGGACUACGCCCUCUAUGAGAUAGGCGAGGGAUGUGAGGUCCAGUACCUGGUUCCUGGAGUGGAUCUCCUGUCUGACAGGUUCCGCUGCGAGGGAAGGACCCUGAUAGCGACCUUGAGAUGGGUUGCAGAAGAACUAUCAAGAGCUAAACACAAUCUCAUGGUUCUCCCACUUCUGACCCUCUAUCAGUACAUCGUGACCUUCUUGUGCCGUGACCUUCAGAGAGCUGUGGAUGGCCGAAUCUUGAAGUUGAGGAUCUUGACUGAUCUUGGCCUGUAUAAUGAAGCAUACAUUGUCCUUGGACGGUUAUUGCAUGGAGAGAGACUUCCUCAGACUGCUGACAAGAACUUCAGACAAGUAGAAUCUAAGAUGCUUUCACAGAGGUUUGACACUGGAAAACCACUGACAGAGGCAUCAAAUCUGAAGAUGUUAGAGUACUUGAUGGACAAGCGUGUUUCUCCAGCUUUGGCGAUUCUCUAUGGUCCUCAUAUGACAUGCCACCUUUCACUGGCUCAGGCUCACCUCAUGGUGGCGCUAGCAUCUACGAUACACGUGAUUCCAGAGAGGGAAACGGCCAGCAGCCAGACUCCUCCGCAGCGUGUUUCCCCUGUAACGGUCAGCUCAGUCAACAGACCUAGCAAGACGAGCAUCUCCAAGAAAGAUGGCAAGAAUGGCCAAAAGUUGAUUAAGGAUGAAGGCACCCGCACCACUUCCUUUGACCCUGCACCCAGUGUUCAGACUGAUACUGAUUCAAGGGUUAAAUUUGAUGAAAACUCGUUACACAGUAUCCCCUUGAGCGAGGUUACAGUGAAGAAGUUUUCAAGUGGAUCUAAUCUACUCACCCUCGAGAAGAUAAAAGGUACUCUGUUGAACACUGCUGAUCAGGUGUUGAAACUCAUGGUGGAGGUGCUUCAAGAACAUUCUCCAAAGAAUCUUUCUGCAUCUGAGCUAGAGCUGGUGGCCCUGACCAAACUAGAGCAAGCAGCGAUCUUGAGAGAGUAUCAUCUGUCUCAGUCCGGAGCAGCAGUGGUAGUCUCGGCUCUCCAUGACAUCCAGGCCAGCGAUCUCUUCAAGGAAACCAGGAAGUCCAUCUCCCCUCGCAGACCCUCGUCAAUGAAAGGCAGUCGCAUGAAACUCUCAUCCAACAUCUUUCCUUCAAACAUGGAGAGCAGCGAGGAUAUCAUCAACCAGCCUCAGUACCAGUACCAGAACUUCCAGAGCCGCUCCCGACUUGACGCCCGUCUCUGGCUCGAUUGUCGCCUCUCACUGGUCAAGUGUCUCAUGAUGCAGAUCAGGGGUAUGGGGAUCCUUCCAGGUGCUGGAGGUGUUGGAGAUGUCGGUGAGUGUCGGCAGUACUGCAUGCAGGGUCUGACUGAGGCUGAAGCAUGCGGGGACGUUGAGAUGCAAGCAGAAUUCCUCAUGCAAGGCGCUCUGCUUGACAUGCACGAUGGGAGAGUCUUGGAGGAUGUUCAACAUACCUUCAAGGAAGUUAUCACCUUACUGAGUGGUCAGCAGACCUUGUCACCUCCUGCCAAUCUACUGGUCAUCCUGGCCAAGGUUCAGCUAGCUGACCUCGAGGCCUUGACUGCUACAGCAUACCAGCAGAAGCGUGGCUGCCCGGUUACGAAGCACCUUCUGAAGGCUUACCAGGAAGCGCAGGAUAUGCUCCUCCAGCAGAUCAAGUUGCUUGGUGAUUCUACAUCCCGGCACACCGUCCAUCCUGAACUGUCAGCCCCUACCAGCCCACUUCAGAACCUCUACCUACCGCACCUACUCUACUUGGCUAAGAUCAAGCUGAGACUAGGACAUACCUUGGCUAGACAGGCAACGAUGGCUCAGGAAGUCAAGCCAAAGAAGAAUGCAGAGAAAGUUGAUCCUCUGAAGGUUUGGGCCAUAAGUGCAGGUGUCCUAGGUACAGCCCUGGAGCUCUGCAGGGUCUGUGUCAUCAAGGAUUCUGCAGUCCUUGCUGAAGUUCUUCUACAGCUAGGCAAGGUUCAGAGCCAGCUUCACCAGAGGGGUGGCCCACGUGCCUGCGAGGUUAGGGUGGUCGGCAACACGCUCAUGGAGGCCAUCGUUACAAGCAUCGGAGCUAAUCAAGACCUUGGAUUGAUCCGACAAGCUUAUCUUGAGAUGGCAGUGGUGUACUUCAGCAGUAGCCAGCAGCCUGAGCCACCAAUGCCUCCGCCAGACACUGCUACAGAGAAGAAUGUCAGCCUCUCAAAACCAUCAAGCACCAAGAAGAAAGUCAGGACUCCGUCAUCUGCGAAAAAGUCUGCCCUCAGCACUCCAGCAUCCGGCAAGGCUCCCACGAAGAAGGAGGAGGAACGACAGAACUUCAUCAGGGAUAGACAGAAUGAGAGACAAGCUGCUUGGACUGCCCUGCGUUGUGCCACAGUUAUUGCUCUUGCUCAGCGUACCCAGACCCUGCUGAUUGGUGACCCCAGUGUGACCUCCUUGACCCUGACGGAGAAGGUCAAGGAUCAACUGUCGGCUCCGAUUCAGCAGGAUCUGUUUGGUGAUAUGAUUGGUGACCUAGUCGUUCUGACUCCGCCUCCCACGGCUCUGACCGCCAAUCAACAGCUGGAGCCGGUUGAGGAGGUUCUUAGCGGAGGCAGACGCAGCGUCUCGGGCUUCAGCAACACCGGCGCGGCGGGCAGGGAGGUACGUGUCUCGCUGACUUGGAUCCAUCUCCUGGCGUAUACCUCCAUCCUGCAGAGGAUGUGCAACUUGGAUACCUUGGCACUGGGGGAUACUGGGUCUCCGUCACCGGUCAAUGGAGGAAAUCUUGGAGGCAACUUUGAUCUUGGUUUUGUGGACCACAGCGGACAGGACACAGGUGUGAACCAUGAGAUAGUACGAACCCCUCUCUUGAACAGCCAUGCCUCCCUUCGCCUGCAGACCAUGGUCAGCUUCCUGACCACCAACCUCCCCAUCUUCGCUUCAUCCUGUCUGGCUAUCACCCCUCCAAGCAUCCUCCAUCUCCCCUCACCCUCAUCCUCCGAUCCAACCUCCGAUGAUGCCCCGUUGGUCAUACCCACGGUUACCUACCCAGCCAACAGCUACACUGCUCCGGUCUGCGUGCUCACAGGUCAGGCUGCCCAGGGACGGAGCCUGGAGAAGCUUGCAGGGGGAGCCGACGAGACGGAGCUCUGCUUCCAGUGGUAUCAACCAAGCUACGUUAACAUCACUGUAGGAGAGGGAAGUAGUGGGGAAAAGGGACGUGGUGUCUUCCUUCUCUAUGCACUCAGUCAGCCACCUGUUACUGGAUCAGCCAAGUCAAAGAAAGACCCUCCCCCUCCACCGACACUGGGCAAGUUAACUCUAUCCCUCUCUCAACUGACCGAUCUCCAUGAUAAGCUAGCUGUGGUUCGUCAGCGGGCUGAGAUCUCCCUCUCUGAGCAGCCCAAGCCUCCAAGCACCCCGGCUGCGAGCUCUCAUGGGGGCACUGCCACCCCUUCUUCGGCGGGCAGUGGCUCCAGCAGCAAACCUACCAGCAGGAAGUCCAAGCGCACCCAUCGCAUCGCCCAGCUCUCAGCCAAGGUUAAGAAAGAUGAAGACCUGGAGGCUUUGUUGAAGCAAUGUUCCUUGAUUGUAGAGCAGCUACUACAAGGAAAAGAAGACUUUGAACCUACACCUGGAUAUAAUAUCCCCUUUGAUGUGAAACUAGCCAGCAUUCACUGUCUUGAGCAGCUAUUUGAUCCAAGUCACGGCGACUGCAUCAGUGAUACCAAAAUCAUUACAUGGUUACUCUCAUUCCUACAACCAGCUCCAACUGAUAUAGUUGAAGAUUAAAGUUUAGAUACCCAUUCAAUAUGAAAGUGGUCAUCAUUUACUGUCAUGAGCAGUUGUUUGAUCCAAGCCAGGAAAAUUGCAUUAGUGAUACCAAAAUCAUAGCCUCCUUACAACCAGCUCCAACUGAUACAGUUGAAGAUUAAUAUGAAAGUGGCCAUCAUUCUCUGUCUUGAGCAGUUGUUUGAUAUUAGUCACGGUGACUGCAUCAGUGAUACCAAAAUCAUAGCCUCCUUACAACCAGCUCCAACUGAUACAGUUGAAGAUUAAUAUGAAAGUGGCCAUCAUUCUCUGUCUUGAGCAGUUGUUUGAUAUUAGUCACGGUGACUGCAUCAGUGAUACCAAAAUCAUAGCCUCCUUACAACCAGCUCCAACUGAUACAGUUGAAGAUUAAUAUGAAAGUGGCCAUCAUUCUCUGUCUUGAGCAGUUGUUUGAUAUUAGUCACGGUGACUGCAUCAGUGAUACCAAAAUCAUAGCCUCCUUACAACCAGCUCCAACUGAUACAGUUGAAGAUUAAUAUGAAAGUGGCCAUCAUUCUCUGUCUUGAGCAGUUGUUUGAUAUUAGUCACGGUGACUGCAUCAGUGAUACCAAAAUCAUAGCCUCCUUACAACCAGCUCCAACUGAUACAGUUGAAGAUUAAUAUGAAAGUGGCCAUCAUUCUCUGUCUUGAGCAGUUGUUUGAUAUUAGUCACGGUGACUGCAUCAGUGAUACCAAAAUCAUAGCCUCCUUACAACCAGCUCCAACUGAUACAGUUGAAGAUUAAUAUGAAAGUGGCCAUCAUUCUCUGUCUUGAGCAGUUGUUUGAUAUUAGUCACGGUGACUGCAUCAGUGAUACCAAAAUCAUAGCCUCCUUACAACCAGCUCCAACUGAUACAGUUGAAGAUUAAUAUGAAAGUGGCCAUCAUUCUCUGUCUUGAGCGGUUGUUUGAUAUUAGUCAUGGUGACUGCAUCAGUGAUAUCAAAAUCAUCAGUGAUAUCAAAAUCAUCUUAAGAAGUAACUCUCCUUACAAGUGAAGAUUAAAGAGAAGUACCUGGGCUUAUUUGCUGAUUUCUCAGCAAUUACACAAUUUCUUCCAGAAUCCUUUGGCACAUAUGUUUUAUUUAUACAAGGAGACACUUUGGUGGUCAUUUCAUUGGAUUCUGUACGAACUAAUUUUGAUAUCGUUACCACAACUAGCAUGUAAGGUUUAUACACCACUUCCAUAUGAAAGUGGCCAUCUUUCUCAGUCUUAAGCAGUUGUUUGAUCGAAGUCAUGGCGAUUGCAUCAGUGAUACCAAUAUUAUCACACGGUUACUCUCUUUACUACCAGCUCCAACUGAGACAGUUGAAGAUUGAUAUUUAUACACCCCUUCAAUAUGAAAAUGACAAUCAUCUACUGUCGUGAGCAUUUGUUUAAUCUGGGCAGUUGCAUGAGAGUCACUAUUAGAGUAACUUUGCCAUCCAAUGGUAACUUUCAUUGAAUCCUUUCUUUUGAUUGGCAAUUGGAAGGCAAAGUUACCAUAAUAGUAACUUUUAUGCUACGAUGCCCUGAACCAUAGUAAAUUGACAAGAUUCUUAAAGGGGUAAUAUUUUUCCUUCACCAAUCUAUAUAGAUAUUAAUGAUUAAUGAUGUUUCAUUCUAUUCAUUCUUUUCACUUGGCUCUUAAAAGGGAGACAAAGUGACCAACGCUUUGAAUUAUCUUUCAAUGAAUGUGUCUUAUAAAUAGCUAGUUCUUGCGUUGAUACUUGCUAACACAAUUAUUGUUAUGAAUGUAUCGAGUUGUGAAAUAAUAUGUUAUUAUUCAAGUGGACCUAUGUUACCAGACUACUCUGCUUGGAGUGUUGCAUUAUAUGGACAUUCUUGAUUUUCUGGGGAGCAGUUCUCCCAUGUGGUUUCAUCCCUCUUUACAGCAUGAUGGCAUUCAAAAUAUGCGACCACAUGAUUUUUGUAAAGAUUAGAAUGGUUACCAGAUAAGUUUCUCAUGAACAUGUAUAUAAUUGCUUAAGAUCUGUACAAAUUCUAUGUAAGAAUUGAGAGAUUUUAUUGGAUGUGAUAGUAUAUCUGAAGUGUUCUAAAUUUUAUUUUAAUGAGUUCAAAGAAAUGUGUAUAUUUAGUGUUAAUACUAAUAAAAACAUUCAUUCAUAUA